AUGGAUUCAACUCAAUCUCACCUGGAGACUCGUCUUCAAGAACUUGAACAGGCUGCAGCCCUUGACAAACUUACCAUUGCAACACUACGGAAAGAAGCUUUAGAAGCUUCAGCUCGUGAAAAACAACUUCUUGGUGUUGUUGCAGCAACUGCCAAAACUUCAUCACAUUAUAACAAACACCAACGCUCAGUAUCAGGAACUAGUCUUCAAAGUGCAGGAAUCCGAACACUUAUUGAUCAUUACGAAGUACUGAUGCGACAUCAACAAGUCCAAGCUCGUGAAAAUAAAAAAAAAAAAUUUACAGGUGUUGAUAAUGAUAAUGAUAAUGAUAACAGUAAUGAUGAUAAACAAACUAGUGAACAAAACCAUGAUGACCAUCAAGAAGAAAAAGAAGAAGAAGAAGAAGAAGAAGAAGAAGAAGAAGAAAAUACAUUACUAAGAAAUGAAAACGAAAGGCUGCGAGACGAAUGUGCCCAACUAAGACAUGAGCUUGAACUCAUGGCAACUGCAUGGCAAUCUCUUGCACAAAGACUUGCAGCAGAUCAAACAGCAAUUACUGAGUCUACUAGUGGCAAUAACCAAGAAUCACAAUCUGUCGUCGACCUUGCAUCCACUUCCAAUGAAAGCUCGCCUGUUCUUGUUUCUGAACAAAAUGAGAAAUAUGAGAAACAUGAUCAAUUAAAAAACUGUCGGGUGUCGGCACCACCGACAUGGCUUGCGAGUCGGCGCAGCACCGUACUUGGCCCGAUCUUAUGA